AUGUUACCAAGAGAAAACUCGGGCCUUUGUGCUGAACCCAUCCCUGGUGAAGCCAUGAGCCUGGGGUUUAAUGAAGUGACUGUGUGCCUUUCUCUGCCCCUCUUAGUGAUGAUUGCGACUCAGCAAGAAAUGAAUGAUGCCCAGUUGCCCCUCGGUCAGCGAGAUUACUGUGCUCACUACCUCAUCAAGUAUCUGAAGUGCAAGCGAGACAUGUGGCCCAAUUUCCUGGAGUGUAAGCACGAGCGUCACGAUUGGGAUUACUGCGAGCACGAGGAUUACGUGAUGCGUAUGAAGGAGUACGAGAGGGAAAGGCGCUUACUGAUGAGGAAGAAGAAAAUGGACGAGAGGCAGGCAGCAUAACCAACUUUCCUGGAGGUGCUGAGUAACUGAGUGUGUGUCUCCCUCCAAGAACAGCACCCUGAUCUGGCCUGGUUGUCCUGUGGGUGAUUUUUUUUUUGUAUAUAAUUGUAAUAUCUCCUAACAUCAAUAAAAGGUCCAGUUAUAAAACCAA